AUGGCGGCGCCCAGCGCAAUGAGUGGCUGGAGGCUGUGGGCCGGGGUCGUGCCCGUUGUCCUCCUGUGCCUGAUUGUCCGGGCCGAAGAGGGACCGAGCACGACCGACUUCGACGUGCGGCCCGGCGGGAUGGUCCAUUCCUUCUCCCGGGCCCUGGGAGAUUACACCUGCACAUUUACGUACUCUGCUCAGGGAGGAACAAAUGAGCAAUGGCAGAUGAAUAUUGGAGUCAGUGAAGACAACCUGCUCUUUUCCUGCUCUGUCUGGAGGCCCCAAGGAAAAUCUUAUCUCUUCUUCACCCAGUUUAAAGCUGAAGUGAAAGGAGCCAAGAUAGAGUACGCUAUGGCUUAUUCUAAAGCUGCUGUGGGUGGACAAAGUGACGUCCCCUUAAAACAGGAAGAAUUUGAAGUCACCGAAACAACAGUGUCUCACAAGGAAGGCAAGUUCCGUUCUGAACUGUCCAAACUCAUGAUUGUUGCAAAAACGCCCCGUGAUGAGCUGUGACCCCAGGGCCAGCGCUGGGCAGGGUGUUUCAGCCAGAAGAGCGUGGCAAUAGAGGGGACUGCUUGCAGGGUUUUCGGUUGGCCAAAUCUUUCCUGUUUUCCAUAUUGAAAUGUACUGGGGUCCAACACAAAUGGGACUUGGAGGUGUUAAGACAGAUGCAUUCUGUCUUGUGUCAGAGUAACAAUGUGCUUUGCAGCUGGAAACCUCCUUUGAGACUCUUGAUCUGCAGCCAGCCAUUCUGUCACCCGCUUUCUGCUUCGCUGAUCUGCUGAAUAUGGUAAAGCUCCCCUCUAACAGGGGCUCCUUAUCUCCCUUGCUAGAAAGAGCAAUGCGGAAAGAUAAGUGGCUGGAUUUAAACAAGGUUUGCUAAAGGAAAGUCGUUAACUCUGUAGUCUCUGGAGGAGGGACAGGAUUUCUCUCUGUGCAAGCAUGACAGGAGGAACAAAUUAAAUUGGGUGGGAGGGGGAAAGAAGGGAUAGAGUUGACUUUCUGACUCCUUGAUGAGUGGGGCUAUUAAAACCAUCACUGAUUUUGUUAGGGAGGAUGUUCUGGAGCUGCCUUAGUGCAGAGAGCAGGGUGAGAUAACCUGGCACAGGGAAGGAAGGGCUUGCAGACAGUGCUGGCCUUCUUAUUCUGACACAACCAAGGAAACCAUCUGAGCAACACUUUCAUGUCUCAGUACAACUGCAGGAAUAUUUUCUACCUACAGAAGUGAUUUUUUUUCUUAUUUAGAGUAAUAACACUGAGGGAAUAUGGAAUUCCUUUCCUGUGUAAAUACAACACAAAUAAAAAAAUAAAGCAUAA